AUGAGACAUUUAGAACAACUUCAAGUGAUUGCUGAUCGAAGUAAUGGUACACGUGCAAUAGCAACUGAAGGAUUUAAUGGUACACUCGACUAUAUUACUAGCCAACUUGAACAAAAUACAAAUUUGAUUGUUUCACGUCAGUAUUUCACAGUUCGAAAUUAUAUUAUUCAAGGAAUGCCACAAUUACAGUCUCUAGUCGAUGGAAAUAUCGUCAAUCACCUUUAUUUAACAGAUUUCACUCAUAUUUUAUUUUCAUCACGAGCUAAUUUCGAUACGUUUGUUCCAGUAGUAGUUAUUCCAAAUCUUGGUUGUCAAGAUUCUGAUUGGACAAAUGCAUCAGCAGCAGAUUCAGUUGCUUUAGUCAAACGAGGCGAUUGCACAUAUCCAGAAAAGUCUGCAUUAGCUGAAAAAUAUCGGGUGAAAGGAUUACUCAUUUACAAUGAUGGAACAGCACCUGAUCGUUUCCAACCAAUUCAGGGAGUGAGAAAUAAUUUAAAUACAACAAUUCCGGCUUAUUUCCUAUCGUAUAAUUUGGGAAUGCAGUUGGGCAAUGUAACAACUAAUACUAGUGUGAUCAUGAAUAUUGACGUCAGUGAUGCAAAUGGAAUUGGAAAUAUCUGUGCUGAUACAACAACAGGAGAUAAAACGAAAACAAUUGUGGUUGGAUCUCAUAGUGAUGGAGUGACAGCAGGAAGUGGAAUCAAUGAUAAUGGUAGUGGUACAGUCGGUAAUUUGAUUUUAGCUCUGAACUUAGCUCAUUUAUUUGAAACGUCGUCAAGCUAUUCUACAUAUAAGUAUCGUGUUCGAUUUUGCUGGUGGGGUGCCGAAGAACUCGGUCUUCUCGGUGCUAGGUAUCAUGUUGAUCAGGCAUCCUUACCUAGCACUACCACUGUAGGUGAACGUUUACAAGAUUACCUAGUAAAUUUAAAUUAUGAUAUGUUAGCCGGUCCCAACUACCGUUUUGGUAUUCAUGACAGUUCAACAGUUCCAUCGACAACGCCCACACAAGCUCGAAAUGGUACUAGUCAAAUUACAGAUCUUUUUCGUCAAUGGUUUAGUGAACAAAAUCUACCCUGGAGCAACGCAUCACUUGGAGGUGGUAGUGAUUAUGUCCCAUUUUUAGCUGCAGGUUUGGCAGUUGGUGGAGUGAAUACAGGAGCUGGAGGCAUCAAAUCAGCCAGCGAACGAGAUCAAUAUGCAGCAAUAUUAGGAAUAGGAAAUGGCGGAUUAGCUAAUGCUGCCUAUGAUCCAUGUUAUCAUCAACAAUGUGAUCGAAUUACGAAUAUCAAUCCAUUUGCAUAUGAAAAAGUUGUUAAAGCAGCUGCUUAUGCUAUUGAAUACCUUGGACGAUUAAAUGAUUUGGAAAAAUGGCUUUAUCCACAAGGUCGACUGAAGAAUUUUGAAUUGUUCAACAGACAUCAGUUAUAUGAUUUUCGUAAUGAUCCUGAUCUUAUCUGA